CGCCUCAGAGCCCGGACGGGGUCUUGGCAUUUCUCCUCCGCUCAAAUGCAGAGACUGGACGCCAUGUCUGAGUGUGAAAUCACCUGAAAUCAAGUCGUCAUGUCAGUUUUGGUCUGUUUAUGGGAGAGGAGCCCCGGAGGUGCCUCUUCCCCCUCCAACACAUCCCAUCCUGCGCUUUCUUUGUACGCUGCUCUCUCCACCUUCUCUUCGUUCUUUCUGAAGGAGGGCAGCGCAUCCUAGGUUACAAGGGCCGUCUCAAGGGGCUAACGAUGCGGCACUUUUGUGAGAGGAUAGUUUCAGUCCUAGAUUUGCAGAUACAAGUUUGAAGAUGCUGUCUAGUCUCUUCAGAAUGCAUGGCCUUUUUGUGGCCUCUCAUCCAUGGGAGGUCAUUGUGGGAACUGUAACUCUUACCAUUUGUAUGAUGUCCAUGAAGAUGUUCACUGGUAAUGAUAAGAUCUGCGGCUGGAAUUAUGAAUGCCCCAAACUUGAAGAAGAUAUUUUGAGCAGUGAUAUCAUAAUCCUGACAAUCACACGCUGUAUAGCUAUCCUUUAUAUAUACUUCCAGUUUCAAAAUCUGCGGCAGCUUGGAUCAAAAUAUAUCUUAGGUAUUGCUGGACUCUUCACAAUCUUCUCAAGUUUUGUCUUCAGUACGGUGGUGAUUCAUUUCCUUGAUAAGGAACUGACAGGCUUGAAUGAAGCUUUGCCAUUUUUCCUGCUACUGGUUGACCUCUCCAGAGCCAGUGCAUUAGCCAAAUUUGCACUCAGUUCCAAUUCACAGGAUGAAGUAAGAGAGAAUAUUUCACGUGGAAUGGCAAUUCUGGGACCAACAUUUACACUUGAUGCUCUUGUUGAGUGUCUUGUCAUUGGUGUUGGUACAAUGUCUGGAGUGAGACAGCUUGAAAUCAUGUGCUGUUUUGGUUGUUUGUCUGUUCUUGCCAACUACUUUGUCUUCAUGACCUUCUUUCCUGCCUGUGUGUCCUUGGUGUUGGAGCUUUCACGGGAAAGUCGUGAAGGCCGUCCCAUAUGGCAGCUUAGUCACUUUGCACGUGUUCUGGAAGAGGAAGAAAACAAACCAAAUCCCGUAACUCAGAGAGUCAAAAUGAUUAUGUCUCUAGGUUUGGUUCUUGUACAUGCUCACAGUCGCUGGAUAGCAGAACCAUCUGCUCAGAACAGCACAGCAGAAAUUUCAGUGGGACUAGAUGAAACCACACAUAAGAGAAUUGAGCCUAAUGUUUCUCUGUGGCAGUUCUAUCUUUCCAGAAUGGCCAGCAUGGAUAUUGAGCAAGUAAUUACCCUUGGCCUGGCUCUUCUGCUUGCUGUCAAAUACAUCUUCUUUGAACAGACAGAAAUGGAAUCUACACUCUCGUUGAAGAAUCCUAUAACAUCCUCCCCUGUAGUGAUCCAGAAAAAUAUUCCUGAAAACUGCUGCAGAAAACUGUCUUUACCUUUAAAACAUAUUCCAGAGCCCAGAAAAUUAGAUGAGGUUCCAGUCGUCAAAAGGCAAAAAGAUGGAGCCAUAAACCCUCUCCUACCAGAGUCACCGACCAAGGCCACAUUUGUAGUUGGCAAUUGUGCCCCCAGAGAAACUUCCUCAGUGAGCAAGCGAAUAGAACCUGAAGGUGAAUUACCUAAAGAGCCACGCUCUCUUGAAGAAUGCCUUUACAUACUUCAGAAUAGUGAGAUGGGUGCAAAAUUACUUACUGAUGCUGAAGUCAUCAGCUUAGUCAAUGCAAAGCAUGUUCCUGCAUACAAGCUAGAAACUCUGAUGGAAACUCAGGAACGUGGUGUCUCAAUUCGUAGGCAAAUGUUAUCUCAGAAGCUUCCUGAACCUUCUUCUCUACAGUAUCUUCCUUACAAACACUACAAUUAUUCUUUGGUAAUGGGUGCCUGCUGUGAAAAUGUGAUUGGGUACAUGCCAGUCCCUGUUGGAGUAGCUGGGCCCCUUCUUCUGGACAAGAAAGAGUUUCAAGUUCCAAUGGCCACAACAGAGGGCUGUCUAGUGGCAAGCACAAACAGAGGGUGCAGAGCAAUAUGUCUUGGGGGAGGCGCCAGUAGCCGUGUUCUGGCAGAUGGAAUGACGCGAGGGCCAGUUGUACGACUGCCUACUGCCUGCCAGUGUGCAGAAGUGAAGGCAUGGCUUGAAACACCAGGAGGGUUUAAGAUAGUCAAAGAAGCAUUUGAUAGCACAAGCAGGUUUGCUCGUCUACAGAGACUACAUAUCAGUUUGGCUGGCCGCAACCUUUAUAUUCGCUUCCAGUCUAGAACUGGUGAUGCAAUGGGAAUGAACAUGAUAUCAAAAGGUACUGAAAAGGCACUUGCAAGGCUACAAGAAGAGUUUCCUGACCUCCAAAUCCUAGCUAUUAGUGGCAACUACUGUACAGAUAAAAAGCCAGCUGCCAUUAACUGGAUAGAGGGAAGAGGGAAGUCUGUUGUCUGUGAAGCUGUCAUUCCCACAAAUGUUGUUAGAGAGGUAUUGAAGACCACUACAGAAGCAAUGGUUGAAGUCAACAUAAACAAGAAUUUGAUUGGCUCUGCAAUGGCUGGUAGCAUAGGUGGCUAUAAUGCUCAUGCAGCGAACAUUGUUACAGCUAUCUAUAUUGCAUGUGGACAGGAUGCAGCACAGAAUGUUGGCAGCUCAAACUGCAUCACACUGAUGGAACCAACUGGUCCCACCAAUGAAGAUUUGUAUAUCAGUUGCACGAUGCCUUCUAUAGAAAUUGGGACUGUGGGUGGAGGAACAAACUUGUUACCACAGCAGGCUUGUUUGCAGAUGCUUGGUGUCCAAGGAGCAAGUCUCGACAACCCUGGGGAAAAUGCCCGUCAGCUUGCCAAAAUCGUGUGUGCUACAGUAAUGGCAGGAGAACUCUCUCUAAUGGCUGCUUUAGCUGCAGGGCAUUUGGUCAAAAGCCACAUGAUCCACAAUAGAUCAAAAAUAAAUCUACAGGAUCUUCAAGGAACAUGUACCAAGAAAGCUGUUUAAACAUUAACAGGAACAUGAAGCAAAGUUUUGCUGUGGCAAAUUGACAACAGAAACAACAUAUAAUCUGUGAAUUGAGGAGAAAGAUAAUCUUCGGUUCAGUGAAUUGUUGGGAAGAUACUUGAAAGGAUCAAUGACCAUGUUGUUCUUACAUGCCACGUUGCAUCCUUUUCCUCUGCCAUAAAAAGAUAUUUCUAUGGAAAAUACUUCAGAUGGUUUUAAUUGUAAUAUGGGACUUUAGCUUUCCUGAGUCACAUGGUUUAUAGGGUGGGGUUUCACAUAGUCCACCUAACUCUUCAAAAGGCUCAGUCUCUGUCCUUGAGGUUGAAAAUAAUUUGAUUUGUAAACUACUGAGAUGAAAUACAGGUUCCGUUACUUAUUUAUCAUUUUUAAUUCUACUCGGUUAUUUUGUUUGCAUUGUUUCUUGUGAUCUUUCUGGGUGAACAUCAUAUGUUUGGCAUAUGAAUUGGCAGCAGUAACCAGCGUAGAUGCAAGUCACAGUUCCUUUGGGACAAAGAGAUCACCAGGCACACAGCUUCUCUUGCCAUGUGGUUGAUUCAUUCUCUCUCUCUCUCCUGGACAGGAUCGCAAAUUUUUAGAUUUUUAGGGUGGUCCCAUUGCAUCUCCCAAAGUUACUAUUUUAAUUUUGUUUAAACAUUUAAGUGCAAGAUUUUAGUAACAGAAUCUCAAUAGUAUAUAGAAAUCUCUUUAAAAGUACUUCACUUACUAUUGUAUACAGCUCUUAAAUGUCAAUCAUUUAAGGGGGAUAAACUCGGUAGAGACCUUGUUUCAGGGUAUAAAACUGCCGAGUCCAAAUGCUGAAGGUUUUGUUCAGAAUAUUCCUUGUUUAUCGUGCACUGAGGUGAAUAAAUCUUCCAGAUACGAUUUAUUGGGCAGCAUUCCUGGAAAUGGUGUCUGUGCAAGAGCACCGUAGUUUCCAUUCACUUCAUGAGGACCUUCCCCGAAGAGCUUCCUGGCGGACAACACCCUCGGUAAAGCUUAAACGAUUAGGGUCACUUAAUGGGAAGAGAUUUAUAUAAAAACAUGUUUACACCAUUUCUUAAUGAUAAGUAUAGAGCACACCUCUGCAGUAAUAGAUAUAUGGCUAUAGAGAGAUGACAAAUUUAUAUUUCUUUAUUACUGAUAAUUUAUUUAAUAUUUCUGUUUCUGAAAAACAAUAACUUAUUUGACAGCUAAACCUAACUGCAUUUCUUGUUGAAAUGACAUUAAGAAUAAAAUAAAUGCGACAAGAGUAGCUGCAUUCUGGAGAACCAGGUGUGGCUUUCACGAAGCAGAGGAGGAGCAGGGAUACGUAGGUGACACUCCUCAGGUGUUGUCACAUGCAAUGAUGCCUCACUGUUUCAAAUUGCUAGAAAACUUCAGGGCUGGAGUUCUUAGCAUUCUCUCAUUGGAACACAAUGUGAGCAUUCCUUAUUUUGUGCAAGUUCAGUAUAAACUGUGGUCCUUUGGUUUGUAGUACAUAAAGUCUAACUCUUCUGUAUGGGCUCAUAAAGCUGAUGCAAGUCAACACCUACUACUUGCUAGGUAUGUGCUGUAGCUUCUUGUAAAUAGCAUCGUGAAUGUCCAUCUCCCUACAGUAUUGUUGUCCAACAUUUACCAUUUCCUUAUUUAUGCAGCAUUUGAACUGCUUGAUUUUAUUAUUUAAUGCAACACUGAGCUAGCAAUAAAUGGUUUGUUCAGUGUUCAUUUUGGUGAAUGUAACUGACAUUUUGUCUUUAAAAAACCAUUUUGUACUAUUACAAAAUUGUGUACAUUUUGGUACAGAUACUUUUUCAGUUUCAGUAAAACAAUGCAAAAAGCACCUUGUCUGAAUUGUGA